AUGGCUCCCAGUUUUAUAUGGUUUCACUGCUCAAAAAUUGAUAAUGGCAAAAAAGUAAAGUGCAAUCUUUGUGGAAAAGAGUUUCUAUUUAAUAAAAGCACAUCAAAUAUGCUGAAGCAUUUGCAACGUAUUCAUAAAAUUGAUCCUUCUCUUAAUAAAGAAAAACAACCACACAAAAGAGGAAGCGACACUAAUAAUAACUCAGACAUUCAAUCUAAAAAGGGACCUACGGAUCGGUGUAUAAAUAACGCCAGUUCUUUCUCAGGUGGCGGGUAUCGUCAUGAACAGAUAACUACGGCUCUCCUUAGGAUGAUUGCGGUAGAUAACAUGCCUCUCUGUACUCCGGAAAGGCCAGGAUUUAAAAUGUUUGUAAACAAGUUACAACCUUUAUUUAUAUCACAUACCGUGUGA